GAAACUUGUGUGUGUUGUCGGCUUCCCUAUGCCUCCUUUUUCCGUUUGUCAAGAAAAGGAUAUCUCAUUCCUCUCGAGGUCAAAAUUCAGCUACCGCUCCACUCCACUGUUAUUGUGUGACGUGGUCGGUAACCAUUGGUUCUAGUUCUUAAAAAGUAUUCGGACCCCUCCUUCUGAAGUUGUCCUCCGAAUUUUACAUGCCCCAUCUCUGUAAGGAGUCUUCUGGUCCCUCUGAUAAUUACUCUAGUGAGAGAAAGAGAUACUGAGCUAAUGCCUCAGAAAGAGAUAUAGAUAGAGACGGGCUGUUAAGUUGGGGUUUGGAUUUUUAGGUUUAAAGAAACUCAACUACUUAUUUCGUGGGUUAUACGAAUAGAAACUGUAUUUUUGCUUGUUUUUUGUUUCCCUUUUACUUUUAACAUUAUUAUUUCCGAUCCUUUUCCUUUUGCUUUUUUUUUCCUUUUCUUUUUUGGGCUAGGGUUAGGGUUCGUUUCGUUUGAUUGUACAAUUCAGACAUGGAAGGAGAGGCCGGCGAGUUCCAGGACUGGGAAGUGCUUCAAAGCUCGGACACCGGCCUUGUGAACUCAUCCGACACGGCUGAGAAUCCGAGAAACUUCGAGGGGAUUGAGGAUGAUACUGAAGGUAUGAUCAGGUCCGAUUAUUUUUCUCUUGAAAAUCAAGGGAGGUUGGCUAAGUCUGUAGCUGUGGAGGGUGAUGUGAGCGAAGAGGCUUCAAUUGAGUCUGAUAACCCAAGCUGGAUCGAUCCGGGAUCGGAGACUCGCUACGAAAGGAAGAAUUCCGGCGAGUUUUGGUCUGAUUCGGGCAGUGAUCGGUCUGAUGAUCGCAAAUUUAGCGGGCUUUCAGUGAAAAACGAAUCGGAGUUCGCGGAUAAUGUGAAAAGCCAAGUGGGUUUUGACGGAACGGGGGAAAUUCAAACCGUGGAUAAGGAUUCCAACAAGUUCUGGUCUGAUUCAGGUGGAGACGGUCUGGUUUCUAAGGGAUUUCAGGGUGUUGGGAAGGGGGAUGAAAUGGGUUUCACUGAUUUGGAUAGUGUAAAUAACUCAAUCAUUGAAUUGGAAGGAGGUGAUAGGAAAUCAACAGAGAGUGAAAGUGCUGACGUCGUAGCAGCAAAGACUAAUGAAAAAUCAGAUGGUGUGGGAGAGAAGAGAACGGUGGUUUGGUGGAAGGUUCCUUUCCAGCUUCUGAAAUAUUGUGUUUUCAGGGCUAGCCCUGUUUGGACGUUUUCUGUGGCUGCUGCUGUAAUGGGCCUCGUGAUCUUGGGAAGAAAGUUGUAUAAGAUGAAGCGCAAGACCCAGAGUUUGCAGCUGAAGGUUACCAUGGAUGAUAAGAAGGUGUCUCAGUUCAUGAGUCGUGCUGCACGUCUUAAUGAAGCAUUUUCAGUGGUAAGACGGGUCCCUAUUGUGCGACCUUCGCUUCCAGCUGCUGGGGUAACUCCAUGGCCUGUGAUGAGUUUGAGAUGAAAGAAUUACUUGUGAAAUAGGUAGAAGGGGAAAAAAAGGAUAAAAAAGAAAAGAAAAUAUACUAUUGCUGCGUGCACAAGCCACUUUCUAAGAUUGUGUUUACUGCCUCAGUUGUGUCCAGACAUUUAUAUUCGCGUUUUAUUUGUAUGAACUCUAAAGAAAGCUUUGUGUCCAUCCUUGUAUAAUUGCUGACAAUAAUUUAUCUUGCUGUAAUAUUUUUUUCUUUUAUUUUGUUGGUAAGUAUGCAUGCAUUCCUGCUGCUUUUGGAAAUAGGAAAGAUGCAAUAUAUUUGUUGUGCGAGGAAAAGUGAAACAACAAAAUCGCAAAAAUGUGUUACAUAUUUUA